UGUAUGCAUUGUGUAUGUGUACGUGGGUGCGCUAUGUUUGAGCGAUGAGUCAAUUUCUAUGUUGGUAUUAUUUCAGUGCAUGUAUUGCCUAUGUAUUCUCUCCACAUAUCUGGAUGUCAAAUUCACAUGUUCAAUUGUUCUUCUUGUAAAUGUAUUUCUACAAAUGUGCAUAUUUUUGGUAACUGCUUCAUAUAAUAUUGUUAUUCUUUAAUUACAAAAAACACGUAAUCCCAGUUGUCUAACAAGGUCCUGUAAAUGAUGCUCUACUCUUGAAAUUUAUCGUUCUCUUUAUGUGACGUUCGAAAAAAGAAUUUCAUAACAGCACAUCGAAUACAAGGAUUGUUUAGUUUCGAAUUAAAUCCAAAAUGUCAACACCAGCCAGAAGACGUUUAAUGCGCGAUUUUAAGAGAUUGCAAGAAGAUCCACCUACAGGAGUAUCUGGAGCUCCAACUGAUAAUAACAUCAUGAUUUGGAAUGCAGUCAUUUUUGGGCCUCAUGAUACGCCAUUUGAAGAUGGCACAUUUAAAUUGACUAUUGAAUUUACAGAAGAAUAUCCAAACAAAGCUCCAACUGUUCGUUUUGUAUCAAAAAUGUUUCACCCUAAUGUGUAUGCUGAUGGUGGUAUUUGCCUUGAUAUAUUACAAAAUAGAUGGAGUCCUACAUAUGAUGUUUCUGCAAUAUUAACUUCCAUACAGUCUUUAUUAAGUGACCCAAAUCCGAACUCUCCCGCUAACUCAAUGGCCGCACAACUCUACAAGGAGAACCGUAGGGAAUAUGAAAAACGUGUUAAGGCCUGCGUAGAGCAAAGUUUUAUUGAUUAAAUAUUACUUCAAUAUAAUAUUCUCCCAACAACAAAAAUAAUCUUUUUGAGUAAAUGAUAAUUAGAUAAAUUUGAUUUUGAUGUUAACUGAUAAUUUAAAAUUGAACCAC